UGUACGGGCAUAUUGCUAGAUAUGGAUUUAUUAGAACCGUAUGCGUUAUAUGAUCGUUUAUUUGGAUGAAAUCUUUAGCGUAGAAUGAAUGAUUCAGUUAGAAUAAACGAAAAAAAGAAUUUAAACUACAUCUUAUCAAGCGAGAUUGUAAACAAAGAUUUUACGAUCUUUCUUGCAUUGUUAAUUCUAAAAGAUACCAUGCAAAAAGCUAUUAGACUAGGUUUGAUUGGGGAAAUUGUGUGAGCAUUCACCCGUGAAAUUAAAAUCUGUGAAUUCGAGAUUUAAUAUUAAAAACGUCAGUCAUGGUUGCAAGGUGGUCUUCUAUUUACUGUAUUAUAUACGUGGCUUUUUCGUCACAAAGGACACUAUCUAUGUCUUCAUUAAAUAGACGAUCGUUCUUUUUCGACAAGAAUAAUGCUGAAAAUGUUUUAACGGAUUUAAUAUACUCGAAAUCCUACUAUCCCAAAGAAAAAUCUUUGCCAAAAAACACAAUUGUUAAAGAUCCAGAUGAUGAUGUAGCAUAUCUCAUUUCAAAAUUGUCAGAUGAUGAAUUGAUAAAAUUGCUAAAUAAUCAACCCAGUAAAGCAGAGUACGAUUUAAAUGAUGUUGCCAAAAUAGUUUAUAGCACACAAUCUACCAAAUUUAAAUCUGAAAUAAAUCCAAUAAAAUUACAGUCAGACAAUAAGUCGUAUAAAAUCCGAAACAAGGUUUCAAAUGUUGAAAAAGAAGGCUCUCCAGGAGCUUUUUUUAAAUUGGAUCAUAAGGCAGUAGACACUGUCGGGAGUAAUAAUGACCAUAAUUACAAUGCAUUACAAAAAUUAAACAACUUCCUAUAUAACUACCCACAAACGUUGAAUGUAGAUCAAAGCACCGAAGAUAUGGACAAAAAGGGACAGCUUUUUGACGUUCUCGUAUCACAAUUAAAAACUUUAUGCUGUAAGAAAAGCAAUCCUAUAAAACCUUCUAGAUAUCAUUUCAAGUCCAGGGAACCGGAAACGGCGCCUAAUGACUACAUAUUUUUGAUUGUAAAUGAUGAAAUCAAAAGUAAUGUUAGUGAUGAACUUAUAUCAGUGGAUCCUGAUAGUUUAGCAACGAACAGUAGUGUUUUAUUGCUGGGACCGAUAACGAGUCCCUUAUCAGAUGGCCAACUAAAGUUUGUUGUAUCUCGUAUUGCGGCGGAAUUGUCAAAGCCAGAAUAUUUGCCACUAUUGCGUCAAUUAGCAGAGGGUACGCUCAGCGACCGAAAUAUGAAAAUUAUGAAGAGUUUAGUAACGGGUCCUGAAACUAGACGAUACAUCAAACCACAUAGAUGUAACCACCAGUCGAAGCUCGCCAGGGUCUACGGUGGUCCUAAAUGGCUUAUAUGCACAGGAUACUUAAACAUUAAUGGACCAAGCAUAUAUGAUUAAAAUUAUGUUUCAUACAAAAUAUGCUAAAACUGGAAAUGAGUUUGUUUUGUUAAAAUCCAGUUCAAAUUUGAAAACUUGUCGGGAUAACUUUUCAUCUUAGUUAUAUAACGUUUACAGAGAAAACGUUCCCCGUGUAUUCACACAACCCUGAAAUAUUUAUGAAGUAGUAUAAUCGUGAAUUCGAAUGUGUUAUAAUUGCAGAUGGGAUC